UGCUGGCGCCGAGCAUUCCAUCCGCGUGCUUCGCGGUCUGCGGAGGGGCUCCUCCUCGCGCUCCAGCGGGCGUUUCCCCUCCUUCUUCUGCUCCCUUCACGCCAGACGAAGGGGCGGAAACGACACAUUUCGCCGUGGAGAAGGUAGCGGCUCUGUGUUUCGACAACAAACCGACACAAACGUUAUUACCGUAAACCUGCGAUAGCCGUAGCUGUUUCAUUUCGGCUCGGGCGGAAGUUUUAAAACAAACCGAUUACACUGUAAGUCAUCGGCACCUGCGGGUCCCCAGGUCUACCUGAUGAGUAUGAGCCUGACUACAGAACCCUCUAACGAUGGUCCCACUGUUACAGAAGAGAGCAAAAUGACUUCGGCUGAGAAGGACAAGAAGCCAGAUGAAGUGGCCGAGGAAGAAGAAGAGGAGGAAGAAUAUGUGGUGGAAAAGGUUCUGAAUCGACGGGUGGUGAAAGGCAAAGUAGAGUACCUUCUUAAGUGGAAAGGCUUCUCUAAUGAAGAUAACACGUGGGAACCAGAAGAAAACCUGGACUGUCCAGAUUUGAUUGCAGAGUUCCUGCAGUCCCAGAAAUCAGCACAUGAUGGAAAAAGGAAGGCAGCCGGAGAAGCAGAAGGAGACGACAGUAAAUCAAAGAAGAAGAAAGAUGAUACAGAGAAGUUAAGGGGCUUUGCUCGAGGUCUGGAUCCAGAAAGGAUUAUCGGUGCCACAGAUUCCACAGGAGAACUCAUGUUCCUCAUGAAAUGGAAAAAUUCAGAUGAAGCGGACCUUGUGCCGGCGAAAGAGGCCAACGUCAAGUGUCCGCAAGUGGUCAUCUCUUUCUACGAAGAACGGCUCACCUGGCACUCGUACCCCUCCGAAGACGAGAAGAAGGAUGAGAAAAACUAGCACAGGGCGAAGGGGCAGGAGGAGAAGAAAUGUCAUUUUGAACUUCAGUGUACUUUCCAUGAGGGAGGGGAGGCGAAGAAGGGGGAUGGGCCAGAGGCAAGCAAGACAUCCUGGACUCAUUAGUCUUCUUGGCGUAGUAUCACUCAUUCGAUUCUACUUUUAUCCAGAUCAAAUCUCCAUGUAAAUAUCCUUCAGAUUUGCUUGACAAAAACCAGCUCAAACAAAGCAGUGUUAAUUUUCCCUUCACCAGGCUUUCGAUGUCCUUUCCACAUCUGGCUCAUCUUGCAAUGACAUCGUAUCAGUGAGGUGAUGUUUUCAUUUCUUUCGCGUGCCAUUGUUUUUACUCUGUUUAUCAGCGCUCUCCGGGGCCAAAACUGUGUUCAUUUUAGGCGUUUCCUUAGCAUCCGUAUUGAUGUACGGUUAUGAACAACUUCUGUAAUAUUUUGUUCUUUGGUAAUCUUUGUAGUGUUUGUCACGUCUUGCUUGUCGCUUUUGGAGAAUAAACCACUUUUUGUUACAGCG